UUCUAUUUUCCUCCUGCCUCCCAUUGUGGAGCACUAACCACUACUCGAGAUUAUAGGAGAGCAACUGCUGUCAUAAAUUGCUUGACUGAGAUACCGUCAUACGUUGGCUACACCCUAAAGCCCUGGUGAAAGGAACUGAUGCCCCAGAGCCACUUAUUCAAUUCCGCAUACCAAGGCCAUGGCGUCUCCUCACACUCCUAGGAGAGGAAUAGAUUUAUACAAGUUGAUCGGCGCGCUAAACGAGCAAUUCGGACUAGAUAUCGCCAAUCCUCGUAUCCACUCACCAUACCUCGAGCCGGAUACAAAAUCGCUCAGAUGGCGCGUCCAUCUCGGCAUCAAGAGAUGUCAUUUCAGUCAUAAUGUUGAUUUAAAUAAGGUCCUCAACAGCUUCGAGGACUGGGUGUCAUCUCGGCCGGUAUUGCGCGCCAAUGCUGGUCAUACGGCAAGCUAUGUGUCAAGAAAACAGCUAUUGACGAAUAAUGCUCCUGCAAGUAUCUCCGACGAUGAGAGAGGUGAGCGCCUCGAAUACUUGAUGAAUCUCCUCAACAAUGAGUUGCCCCUUUCGACCAAUGGCUCUUUUCCCUCGUUUUCCGAGGCGCAAGAAGGGACCUUCACGAAAAGCACAGACGCCCUAAGCCCAUCGAAAUGUUUGAAAAUGAGUAUGUCAGAAGAAGAGGAUGAAUUUCAUACUGCUCCAAACUCUCCGGUAAAGAAUUCCGGCCCCGACCCUGGCCCUACUGUCGACUCUCUUGACCCCCUCAAUCAGACAGGGGGAUGGAGCCUAGAUCCUGAUCGAGUCUCUGGUGGACUGGCACACAUUUUCAAAAACCCCAGGGAUGUAAAAUCAAAGGGCCCAACCGCAUUCGUUCAGAGACUAACGGCACCUGACAACCUCGGGCGAUACGAUGCAGUGCAGCCCGCACAAGAUGACCCGAACGUCAGUUUUUCAUCUACUGAGCCAAUCUCUAUCUUUGAUUCCCACAAUGACCGAUUGAACUCUUCGUUUAUCUCGACCGUCACUGAUGCUACCGAGCCUAUGUUUGACUCAGACUAUGAAGACUCGGUGGUGGGACAGGUGUUGAAUCAAGAAUUGCAGACGACAUUCGAUAGGUCCCACCUCACGGACGAAUGUCUCAUUGAUGAGCCUCGCUACUCGGUUGAGCAGCAAAUAAUAGAUGAGCUUCUUCAGUUCGGGCCAUUUGCACAGACACAGUCCUUCCCAGGCACAGUACCCUUACGGUACCGGUACGAGUUGGAGAGGAUAGGUAGAGCUUGGAAUGUCUCCUCUGACCGCAUGUUAGUCGGUAGCAUCAUAUCCUUCAAAACACGCGACAACUUCUGGGAUUGGAUUAAGGGCCAUAGCCAGCGCAAUGGAAAGCCGCUCCCAGAAAAGCCGACCAACAAAGCCUGGGAGGCGGCGACUGAUAGCUUCAAGACAGAUAAACAUUCAGAAGUGGUUGUCCUCACGGGAGACCUAGAAUGGUGCAGCGAAUCUGAGCCUGGUAUUUUGAAAAUGAACUUGAACCCGCUGAAGACCGAGAGGACAUGUCGUUUCCAUCGCCGUUUUGGAUCCGAUAGGUUUCUUAGCUUGACGAUGCCCGCACCGUCGCGGCCCCCGCGCCAUCUCCGGCUGCCAUCCAAUCCUCCCUCCCUGUUACGGGAGAGUUUAGCUCUGUGGCUGACACAGAAUGUCCAUCGAUGUCUUGGAAGGAUAUGGAAGCCCUUCUUUGUAGAAGAAGUCAAGUCAAGGCGUAAAGUGAAGGCCGAGCCAAAGUUCAGGGUGGAUUUCUUUGCAAUUGACGGCGUGGACUUUGACACGAGCCCCCGCCCACCACUCCUCGCGCCUCCGAAACAAAGCAGUGAGAAUCACACCUCAAUGAGCCUAGACUCCUUAAUCGACUGGCAUAUGUCUCGAGACGACAAUAUCCGACAGGAUAACUGCAAGCUGUUUCAGCGUAUUUCACUAGGGCUGUCGAAGACGUGUGCCACUAUCGCGUUGAAGCCAUCGCAGGUCUUUCACCUAAGAGACCCCCCUGGCCCGCUGGUAAUGAAUGAUGGUUGCGCUCUGAUGUCCAGAGGCCUAGCCAACCGGAUCUGUGACUCUUUAGGCAUUACUGGCAUUACCCCCAGUGCCUUCCAAGGACGGAUUGCGGGAGCUAAGGGUCUGUGGAUGGUAGAUAAACAUGAUUCCGCUAUCUCAACGGGCAGCGAGGUGUGGAUUCAAAUAACUGAUUCGCAAUUGAAAAUCAAGCCACACCCCAGUUAUUGGAGAGACCCUGUGGAUGAAGAAAAGCUCACAUUUGAAGUUGUUAAAUGGUCCAAGCCCUUACAUACGGUCGAUCUAAACACGCAACUUCUAGCAAUCCUGGAACAUGGGGGGCAUGUCAAGGAAUACAUUGCCGAUCUCACCCGGGCGGGGAUCAGGGCUGUAUCUGAAGCCUUUGCUAAGGUCGUCGAGUCUGACAGUCCUGUUCUCUGUCGUAGCUUGAUACAAAAGAUAAAGCCGCCCGCAGACGACAGUGACACGGCAAUGCUUCAGAAAACCAGACGUCUAGACGAGUGGAUGGCCAAUGACGCAGAGGCUGUUGUCCGACUGACGGAAGCCGGGUUUACCCCUGGCCGUUUCUACCCCCUUCGGAGGCGACUAAGGAAAUGUCUAUUAGGCUUGCUAGAUCGAUAUGUAGACGAACUACAUAUUGAAGUACCCCUCUCCACCUACGCAUUCUGCAUAGCAGACCCAUAUGGGGUCUUAGAAGAAAACGAGGUUCACUUUGGUUUCUCCAACAACUGGCGUGACCCUCAAGGUCAGUUCGAAGACAAUCUACUCGACGGCAUGGACGUCCUCGUCGCUCGGCUUCCCGCACAUCUCCCGUCCGAUGUACAGCGACGCAGAGCUGUAUGGAAGCCGGAGCUUCGCCAUUUCAAAGAUGUCAUUGUUUUCCCGACCGCUGGCGAAAUACCUUUGGCACACAUGCUGUCCGGUGGCGAUUAUGACGGUGAUACGCCGUGGGUCUGCUGGGACCAAAACAUUGUCCGGAAGUUUUGUAAUUCUAACCUGCCCACUGAGAAUUAUCCCCCGGAGCACUUCGGACUCGAGAAACAUAAUGUGCCCAUGAAAGAUAUCCAGUCAUGGGACGAGUUCCUCGAAAGAACAUUUACUUUCAACCUAACUUUGUCGAAUCUGGGCCUAUGUACGGUCGAACAUGAGAUGAUAUCCUACGAUGAAUCGAUUAAUGCAGAUAAAGCUAAGGAGCUUGCUUGUCUCUUAAGUCACUUAGUGGAUGGACGGAAGGGUGGUGUCCGCUUGUCAGGAGAGGCGUGGCGAGAAUACCGCAAAAGGAUAAGCCCUCGACAACGGCAGCUGCCUGCAUACAAGGACCUCAACCGACGAUACAAGCCCACGAAUAUCAUUGACUAUUUGCGAUUCGAGGUUGCUCGAAAAGAGCGAGAUCGCGUUCUGAAGCAACUGGAAGAAUCGUUUCCUGAGGCGGAGAACAUCCAAGAUGAAGACCUUGUUCGACCGUGGAAUGUGGCAUGCGAGCAAGCGCAGAAAGACGAAAGCGACGGCGGACAACUUCACGUAGUACUAAAAAAAGUCACCCAAGAGGUCCACGACCUCCAUAGCCGAUGGGUCCACUCGGUCCGCGAUAAAAUCCCAUUUUCAGCCGCCUCUUCUGAGAUUGCCGAUCAGGCUCGAGGCAUCGCACCUCCUGAGGGUGAACAUCCCAUGGUCCAUGUAUGGCGUCAUAGCAAGGAUGCCUGGCUCCAGUUGCUAGCGUCGUACUGGUACAAGACGUAUCCGCAGUCCAGUUUUGCUCUCCAUGCGUUUGGGGAAGCACUCUGCCAAUUGAAGGCCAGCCUUGCCCCGUCGCGGUCAGUGAGGAAUGAUAUCUUAGCUUGUUACCGAGUCAAUCAGAAAAUGGUCGCCCGGUUGACCGUCAAAGAUGUAGUGGAAGACGACGCGCCCGAUGGGGGUGGGGAUGUGUAUGAAGGAGAAGAAGCUAUCGUAGCGAUGCUUCGUGGAACGCAAAUUCCCGGGGGCUUUUAUGACUGGGAAGACAGGAUGCCUGUAGCGUAAGACAUUGGUCUUGACAUAGAAGGUGUGUUAUGGCGAAACGGAAUUCCGACCUCGUAUCUUGGCAACUGUCGGUUCUGACCAGCCGGU